AACCCUGGUUUUGGUUCUGUGAGGUUUAGGGUUUUUAGCCCCCGAAGCGGAGAGAAAAAGGUGAGGCCUUUUGAGAGCAUCUUCUUUUGAUCACAGGGUGCCGACCAUGGCUUUUUCCAAUAAAAUUGGAAAUUUCCUGAAGAAAUCUAUAAGCUCAAGUCCCUCUCUUUACCAAGCAAUAAGAUGCAUGUCUUCUUCAAAACUGUUUGUUGGAGGAAUCCCGUAUGGCAUGGACGACCAAAGCUUGAGAGAGUCAUUUAGUAGCCAUGGUGAAGUUGUUGAAGCUAGGAUCAUUGUCGAUCGGGAGACUGGCAGGUCGAGAGGAUUUGGUUUUGUGACUUUCACAUCCACUGAGGAUGCCUCUAAUGCACUAACUGCUAUGGAUGGAAAGGAUCUUCAUGGCCGUAUUGUGAGAGUGAACUAUGCUACUGACCGAACAAGUGGACCUCGUGGUGGUUAUGGUGGAGGUUACGGUGGUGGCUAUGGUGGUGGUGGUGGUAACUACGGUGGAGGCAACUAUGGGGGAGGAGGCUAUGGCGGAGGCAACUAUGGGGGAGGUGGCUAUGGUGGUGAUGGUGGUGGCUAUGGUGGUGGUGCCGGUGGUGGCUAUGGUGGCAGUGCAGGUGGUGGUGGUUAUGGUGUUGCUGGAGGUGGUGGCGGCAAUGACAGCUACGUCAGUGGUGCCGCACACGACAACUUUGCCAGCAGUGGCGCUCCAGCGAGUUAUGGCGGAAAUGCAGAUGCAGGAUUUGGUACAGGUGGAGAUCAGUAUAGGAGCAACCUUGGCAACUCGGCUUUUGAUGCAGACAAUCAAAAUGAACUUGAUGACGAUGUCAAGGAUGAUGAUGAUGAACCAGAUGAUUACGCGGACAAGCGCAGCUGAGUGGGAGAAAUCUUCGCUUAUCAUAAAAUGCAGAGAACUUAGCAUUUAACAUACUGGAUCGAUUUAUCUUGUACUCUUGUCUGGAUGAAUAGCAAGCGAAUGAACUUCUUUGAAGAGAUGUUCUUUGUAUUUCUGCUGCAUCUUCUUUCAAUUUUCUUAUCAUUUCUGCAACUGGGAACAUUCAGACUCUGGGAACAUAUAGACUGUUUGUUUAGAUGGUUUAUGGAAAUAUGUUUUCAUCAAGUA